CCCAUGUUAUGUCAAAAUUGUUUAAAUGGUUUACAAAAUGUUCAUGCCUUAAUUUUGAGAGCCUUGGAGUCGCAUAAAUAUUUUGAGGAAAGAAAUCUUAAUAAUUUACAAAUUGUUUAUGACUCUGAAAACACUGAAGACGUUACAAAAUAUACCCCAACAGAAUUUGAAACUGUAUUAUUAGAUCAAAUAGAAGUAGAACCUACAAAGGAACAUGAUGUCUAUAAAAAGCCUAAUGAAAAGUAUAAUCUUAAAUCUGUGGACACUCGAAGAUGCAAGAGAAUAAAACAGAUUUCAAAAUGUAUUAAAACAAAAGAGAAUGUUGUUGAACUUCAAAGUAUUCCUGCAUUAAAUUCUAAUAAUUCUAAAGAUAAAUUGCUACUACUACUGAGCGCUUCUGUUACAAGUUUUGGAAAAAAAGACAAAUCUAAACGUAAACUAAUAAAACAAAAUAACACUUGUGAUAUCAAUAAUGAGGAUUUAAGUAUAUCAGAUGAAAAUACAGAACAUGCUAAAGAAAUACCAAAUAUAAAGUUAGAAAAGGUUACGUUGGAUGACAAAAUCGAAAAUUGUAGUACACAAGUGAAUAUUAAAAAUAAAAGUAAGGUAAAAGAGGCUGAAGACUCCAGAAUGUGUUCUAUUUGCUCUAAAAUAUGCCGCAGCAAAUAUGCAGUACAAGAGCACGAAAAAACACAUGUAGAAAAUCGAGAACGCAAAGAAACUUGCAAAGUGUGUGGACUUAAGUUUUAUGACAAAAAAAAUCUCUAUAUUCAUAGACGAAUACACAAUGAAAAUCGGGAAAAGAAGCACAAUUGUGAGUUUUGUAAUAAAGCUUUCUUUAAUAAGGGUGCACUUAAUAUACACCGACGAAUACAUUUGGGUCAAAUGAUACCCUGCAGUUUAUGUUCAAAACAAUAUUUUCGUCAAAUCGAUUUAGAGAGACAUAUGAUUUCACAUUCAACUACAACCAUUAGUUCUGAUGCAAAAAGAAGAACAAAAUAUUUCGUACGCUGCAAACAUUGUGACAAAUCCAUACUUAGUACGAAUUUUAAAUCUCACAUGGCUGCCCAUUUAAAUGCGCCUUUAAUGAAAUGUUCCAUUUGUAAUAGGGAGUUUUUCCGACGGAGAAGCUGUGUUCUCCAUGUGAAAAAAAUCCACCAGAAAACUAAUGAGGAUUACAACGAUUUUAUUAUACGGUACACUAACAAUCGAAUAUCACGUCUAUUUUUAGAGCAAACUGCGGAUAUACUACAGUCUGAUGGUGAAUAACAUUUAA